AUGAAUCUUUGCAUUUUAAUACUUGUUACAAUCAAAUUCGCAUUCGGUCUUUCUGGAAAUUACUUUUCACUGGAAUAUAACAAACGUAUUUCAGGGGAGGGAUACCAAUAUAAAAGUGUAUCUUGUGUAACAGAAAUCAGCUGUGCAUACAAAUGUUCUGUGGAGAUAAACUGUUGUGUGAGCAAUUUUGACGCCAAUUCUCAAACAUGUUAUCUUGAUACGUCGGGGAGCUGUUACUCAGCCCCACAACAUGAAAAGAGUUGGACUACAAUUCGAAGAGCUCGGGAAGAUUUGUUUAACUGGAGUCCAUGGAGUAAGUGUUCAAAGAUAUGUGAUGGAGGGAUAAGAACCAGGACACAUCAAAACAGACACACCACCAUUGAAAGUGCCGGAAACGUAACAUCUAUAGAGAGUUGUCAUCAUUUUGGUUGCAAUGAUACUGCUAUCAACUGCAAUAGUUGGAAAACAAAGGGCCUAUUGGAUAGUCAAACUGCGUUUAUUGAACCAGUUACAUAUAAUGGUAUUCAACUGCCAGCAGUCCAGAUUUAUUGUGAUAUGAAUAUGCAAAAUGGAGUUGGAGUAAGUGUGAUAAAUCACGACGGAGAGCGAGAUGUAUAUGUACAUGGCUAUGAGGCACAUGGAUCCUACAGUUUUAACGUCACAUAUGAUAUUCCAUUCGAGCAUGUAGUUGCAGUAAUAGAUUCCUCCCAGUUUUGUCGACAGUUUGUACGCUGGAAAUGUUUUAAUGCUCAAAUGUGGGAUGGUGGAAAUCAGAAGUGGAAUACGUACUGGACAAAUCGAAGCACAGCCUACUUAGCAGCCAAUGAGUACAAACCACCUUCUUUAUUUUUUCAUGGAUCUGAACAAAGGCGGAUUUGUGAGUGUGGAAUUGCUGACACUUGUCAACAGAGCACCGUUCUCUGUAAUUGUGACAUCAACGAUAGCAUUUGGAGAUCUGAUGAAGGAUAUGUUACAAAUAAAGAUGCUUUGCCAAUAGUUGCUUUCUUUGCAGGGGACACAGGACAUUCCGUGGAAAAAGGUGAACAUUUCAUAGGCCCAAUUGAGUGUUAUGGGACUGUCUAGUAUUAUAUCGAGCAGUCGGGAGUAAUAAUACAAUCCUUGGCAACAAUCAAGUCAACUUUAGAACAAUUGUGCAUGCUUCAUUUCAAAGAUAAUGUUUAUAUAGAUUUUAGGACACUAUCUUUUUUUGAUCUAUCUGUUAUUUCAAAAUGUGCAUGCUUAGAAUAUGUUUUCACAUGAUAUAACUGAAUCAUUUCAUAAAAGACAGGGAAAUAAUUGCCCAACAAGUGAAACUGCUUCAUCUGUUAUGGAUUUUUCAAUAAUUAAGCAUUUAAUGUAUUUAUUACAUGUACAAUGACAACUAUCAUAAGCGGAGCCUUGAUGAACAAAGGGUAUUUGUAAUUCAUAUUCAGCAACCAUACAUGAGCCUGUUCAUACUGAAGGUGUAAGUUCAAACCACGCAUGCGUUUGAUUCUGACCUUUAUUGACAAAGAUUGCCUAUUUCCUGCUAAAUUUUGAUGUUUCAAGCGGUUUAGUUUGUAACCUCGAUUUUAUUUUCUCUCAAUCGAUUUAUGACUUUUGAAUAGUGUUAAACUACAAUUGCAUUAA